ACGACUGGACUCAGUGUAGCUGACGGUCCUCCGUGACUGAGUCUCCGCUCCGUAAUUCCGAGUAUUUAAUUUAGAACAACUUCAUUAAACAUGUUUCUGGAACUGUCAGAGUGCCAUUCGGGACCUGAGCGGCGCGAGGCAGAACUUCAAACUUUACUAAUUUAGUCAUGGACAGUCAUAAGAAGCGGACGGCGGCCAGCGACGACCUCCAGCCAGCGGACAGCCCGCUCCGUGGGAGCGUGGCCGGGAUGAGGUCCGGCUCGCAGCGGGACUGACCCCACUCUGCGCCCCCGUCUCUCAUGUCGCCCUCCUCUCCGUGUCAAAUGCCUCCGCUGGGCGAUGGGGGCUACAAGCCGGCGCCGCUGGCCCCAGCACCUCCGCCCGUGCCGCCGAGGAGGGUCCGGAGCCGGGACCGUGGCAGCGGCAGCGGCGGCGGCCGGACGCGGCGGUCCGGGGCUGGGACAGCGGGAGCCGGAGCCGCGGAGAGGCGGGUGAAGUGUGUGCUGGUGGGGGACGGAGCCGUGGGGAAAACCAGCCUGGUGGUCAGCUACACCACCAACGGCUACCCCACAGAGUAUGUCCCCACUGCGUUCGACAACUUCUCAGCUGUGGUAUCGGUGGAUGGACAGCCAGUCAAACUCCAACUCUGUGACACAGCUGGACAGGAUGAGUUUGACAAGCUGCGUCCUCUGUGUUACACCAGUGCAGACGUGUUCCUGCUGUGCUUCAGUGUCGUCAGUCCCUCCUCCUUUCAGAAUGUUCCUGAAAAGUGGGUGCCAGAGAUUCGCAAGCAUGCUGCUGUUGCACCGCUGGUCCUUGUCGGGACACAGUGUGACCUCCGGGAGGAUGUAAAGGUUCUCAUUGACCUGGCGAAAUACCGUGAGCGGCCUGUGGACCCGGCGGACGCUCGGGACUGUGCGAUGGAGAUCGGGGCGGUGGCCUACAUGGAGUGCUCCUCCCUGACUCAAAAAAAUCUCAAGGAAGUCUUUGACACAGCCAUACUGGCCAGCCUACAGAACCACAGCUCCCAUAAGCACCUGAGGGGGAAGCAAAGACGUCGCAAAAAACAGAGGCAGACCCCGGACAAGAUGAAAAGUCUGUCAAAGUCGUGGUGGAAAAGGUACUGCUGUGUGGCCUAGAGUGGGUUUUAAUCCGCCUGAUGGGAUUCAACACUCUGGUCCUCUCUCCGCCUCUCCUUGAUUUGGAUUCAGUGGUGUUUGGGGUGUGUCUGGACAGGACUUCGUUGUUCUCUUUCAGAGCCUGUCACAGGCUGGACUGAAGACCAUUUACAGCUGUAAGAUAUUAGUUUUUCCUCUUUUUCUGGAUGAGAUUGACGACUGAGCCUCCAGCAUGAGCCGCUCUCUGCAGCAGAGGUUUCCUCCACGCCUCCUGGAUUUCAACUGGUAUCAAACAGUGCUUUUCUGGAGCAAGCAGGAUGUGGAAAUAUUGUUUAGGAUUAUUGUUGUUCGGAUUGGAACAGGAGCUUUUAAAUCUAUUCACUCUGGAUUUAUGGCGAAAACCUUCCCAAAUUUGGAUUUAUGCAACUUUGUUAUACAGUAUGAAUGGACCUGUACUAUCUGUAGAGAUGAACUCUAUUCUGAGUGACGGAACUCCAUUCAGUAUCCAGUCUUAUUUGUCUCUCUCACUUGUUUGAAUUACUCAUAAUUAGAAAGAUUUGGGGAUUUAAAUGGAGCAGUGCUCAGAACAAACAUGGUCACUUUGGUUUUUCUGACAUGAUCACUUGAUGUUGAUGCAGCCUUUUUUGGUCUUGACCUGAACCGUUUGUGGAGUUAAGUUUGGCUUUUUUUUAAAUGUGCUUUUUUUUGUGUUUGCCUUGGCUAAAGCUUUCAACUAGUUAAUAUUAAUCAUAUCCUCAGCAAAAAACAAAGCAUUCUGAGUGACAAAAACACAUUUUUGUAACAGUGAAGGAUUUUCUUAAUUGGGGAAGACAUGAACUGCAUCCAGUGAAUCACCACUGGCUUCCAUUGGGAGCUCUGGCAGUGUGUCAUCUUCACCCAUCAGGUGUGUGAAAUGGAGUGCUCCCAGUGUGGUUUGGUUAAAUACAAAGCUCUGCUGGUGGAUCACAGUCUGGAUUUCACUUGGCCUUAAUGAGGAAGGAGAACAUUCUGCAAUUCAUGAUCUCUAUUGCACAAACCACAGCUUCACUCAGCGUGCUCGCCUUGUGACUUUUUCAUUGUCGUUUUUUUAUCCAGGACACUUGUAACUUACAUGUGCAGGCCAACAAAACUAAUCUAUAUCAGUUUUUACUGCAUGGUGUAAUUUUUGUUGAUAGUGAAAUCACCUCGAGCAGUAGCACAGAAUAGCUUUGAAACACUUCUUUGCGUGUUUUUUAAAUCGACUCUGCUUGUUUGUACAGGUUUACAAGCUUAACUUGAAUUCAUAUCUUAGCUGUCAAUGCAGUUCUGUUUACAUGACUGUGAAACUCAUGUUAUGAAACAUACUGUUCAGUUUUGUCUCAGCUGUUCUGAGUAAAGAUUGAUGUGUUAUGUUUUACUAUUCUACAUUUGUCCCGUUUGGCCAAAAUAUAAUUCUGUUUUAUUCCAGUGGUAACAAUCGUCGGUUCGUUAGCGCAGCUUUAUUUUGAUGUGUGAACUGUUUUCCUAUUUUUCUCCAGAAACCUCUCUCUGAAAUCGAUGCUGACGCACCCUCCUUUGUAUAUUGUAGUUACUAAACCAAAAGCAAGUCCAGUAAUCUGUAUUUUAUUCCUCCUCAGUGCCUUGAUGUCGGUGGUUGUUUUGCUAUAUUCACUGUCACUGAGAGGACAGUGCUGCAGUUGACCUGGUUUCCAUAUGCUGUGGGUUCCUACUAUGCUCUUAAUAAGACCUGAUAUGUCAUAAUUAUACAUAAUUAUUAGACACACUACAGAUAUAAUCCUAUUAAUAUGAAUUAACAAAAAGACCAGUGAAACUGUUAUUUAACGGGCAAACUUGAGUUUAUAAAACAUAGUGAAAAUGUCAAGCUUCAUACUUUUCCCCUCAGACACUCUCAAUAUCUCAGUGCUGUCGUUCUGUUUUGUAUUUACGAUCUACAAAACAACACAGUGAGGCAUUUUCUGAACUUCCUAAUGUGUGAAAUGACAAAUAGCCCAGAGCUGUGCUCUUUUUAGUGGGGAAAACCCAGCAACUCUGAUCAACGUUUAAGUGACAUUUCAUAUGAAAAGCUACGUGUUGUAUUUGUUUGGAGUUUUGCAUUGAAAUUGGUCAGCUGAAAAUAAACCUGAAUCUUUAAAUAUAUCAUCAAGGGAGAAACGUGAUAAUUAUUUUCUCUGAGCGUCAUAUAAAACAUUCAUUGGUAGUUUGGUGGCUCCCGUGGUGGCGCACCAGGCGACCGUGAAACUUAGAGGACAGCAACAAGAAAGGCAUCUGGUUAAAAACUAACCAGGUCUAUGGAGCAUGCUGUACUGACGUGCUUUGUUGACCUCUGUGAACAGAAAGCAGUGGAACAAAUGCUUAUAGUCUCAACUAAAUCUCUUAAUUUUAAGCGUUUCCAUUAAAUUCCACUCAGUAGAUUUUUGCUAAUGUGAGAGCUUCAUGUAAACUUCACGUUGGCUGGAAACGCUCGGCCAUGUUUAACACAGAGCCGAGGCUCAUCUCGGUUUGAAUGCUGGGUGUGUACUGGAGAUGUUUGCUGGCGUUCUGCUGAAGAUGUUACAGCUGAGACUGAAUGGCUUCACUGUAUUGACGCUUUACUCUCAAUAGCAAAUGCAUUGUUUCUUGCAGGGGGAAAGAAGGAAUAAUAGGCUGCUUGUGUGUCGUCUUGGCUGAAGUCAGUGUAAAGUAGGCUAAAGGUCACACAGACUCUUAUGACAGCCAGCAGUUCCUCUGUCACUUCUUUACUUACCGAGAUGUACAGUUUAUGGAGAGUGAUAAGUUUGGCCUGGCAGCAGUGUCACUUGCAGCAUGCAGGAGGCUAUCCCUGCUGGCUUUCUGUUCAGCUCGCCUCUUGUCAUGUCGCGUUUCGUAAUCCGCUAAAGCAAGGGUGUCAAACUCAUUUUCAGUUAGGGGCUGCGUAUAGUUCCAUCUGAUCUCAGGUGAGCUGUGAAAACAAGAAACAGCGACAUUGCUCAGCACCCCCCUCUGCUUACUGUACGCUUCACUGGACGCUGCAUUAAGCCACAGCUGAACAGUAACAGCUAGUGUGCACGGUUACUUUGUUGUAGCUUCUUUGCUGGUGGUUGAUCACAGCAGUAAAGCUCCGUAUGGCAGAUGUUUGACUCUGAAUGUAGAACAGACGGGUUCCUGAAAGUGAAUCAGUGUGUGUGUGAAGUCAGUCACAGAUGAGACGGGAUGCCUGUCGACAAUACUGUGCUGAAUUUUGCAGGAGGUAAAACAAUGAUGUUGUGUGUUUGGUGCAGGUGGGAAGUUUCCAUGGUUAGUUGCGUUUUUUUAUUUUUAUUUUUAUUUUUUAAAUGAUGUGUUUUAUGAGAUUUAAAAGAUACCCUGUCACUGCUUGGCCCACUUUGAUAAUUGCACCAAAAUUUGUUGACAGGACUCCGAUAGUGCCAAAAAUGGAUUUAAUAAAAAACAGCUGUGUUGCGAAUCAUCUGUAUGAGGGACUCAAACCUGAGGCGUCAGUCGGCCUGUGUUUACUCACUGAAUAGAAAGUGACUUAUCCAAACAUUAAACCGCUCUGAGUCAAGCUGCAAAAUCAAACCAGCCUCUGCGUUCUGUAGUCAAAUCAGCUUCAUGCACACUGACUCUUAACUGGGCUCUAAAUUUCAUGCUGGUCUCUACAGAAGGUUUUCCCACACAGUGCUGUGAGCAGAAAGUGAAGAGCACACCUGAGCUCACCCACAUGGGACGCCACCCCUGUGUGAAACCUCUCUGUGUUUUCAUUUCCCCUGCAUGUAAAAACAAAAGAAGAAGAA